UCCAUCCCGGCCGGCCGGCAGCUGCGGGCACACACUCGCAUUCCUGUCAAGUCGCUCGGAGCGUUGGCGUGGAUGUGCAGCAGGAGCCCCUGAGCAGCUAGAGAGGGCGGGCAGUGGGGCGCGGCACAUGGCCCCGCGCUGGGACGGGACGAUGGGGGUCCCCCCGGGCCUGGCGUUGCUCGCUCUGGCGCUGGCGCUAGCCCCGACCGGUGCCCGCAGGCUCAGCCGCGUGCAGCACGGGCCCUGCGCCUACACCUUCGUGCUGCCGGAGCUGGACACGGGCUGCGCGGGCGACCCGCUCAGCAACAACGCGCUGCAGCGGGAUGCGCCCCACGCAGAGCCAGAGCCGCCCGCUCGCCGGCUGCAGCACCUGGAGCACGCGAUGGAGAACUACACGCAGUGGCUGCAGAAGCUUGAGAAUUACAUUGUGGAAAACAUGAAGUCGGAGAUGGCGCAGAUCCAGCAGAACGCGGUGCAGAACCACACGGCCGCGAUGCUGGAGAUCGGGACCAGCCUCCUGACGCAGACUGCGGAGCAGACGCGCAAGCUGACGGACGUGGAGACCCAGGUACUAAAUCAAACCUCUCGACUUGAAAUACAACUGCUGGAGAAUUCCUUGUCAACAUACAAACUAGAGAAGCAGCUUCUUCAACAGACAAAUGAAAUUCUAAAAAUUCACGAAAAAAACAGUUUGUUAGAGCACAAAAUCCUAGAGAUGGAGGGGAAGCACAAGGAGGAGCUGGACACGCUGAAGGCGGAGCGGGAGAGCCUGCAAGGCCUGGUCUCGCGCCAGUCACACGUCAUCCAGGAGCUGGAGAAGCAGCUGAGCAAGGCCACCAGCAACAGCAGCCUGCUGCAGAAGCAGCAGCUGGAGCUCAUGGACGCUGUGCACAGACUCGUCAGCCUCUGCUCCCAGGAAGGCGUUUUGCUAAAGGGAGGAAAAAGAGAGGAAGAGAAGCCGUUUAGAGACUGUGCAGAUGUGUACCACGCUGGUCUUAAUAAAAGUGGAAUCUACACUAUUUAUAUUAAUAAUAUGCCAGAACCCAAAAAGGUAUUUUGCAAUAUGGAUGUGAGCGGGGGCGGCUGGACUGUGAUUCAGCACCGUGAAGAUGGGAGCCUAGAUUUCCAGAGAGGCUGGAAGGAGUAUAAAAUGGGCUUCGGGAACCCGUCGGGCGAGCACUGGCUGGGGAACGAGUUCAUCUUCGCCAUCACCAGCCACAGGCAGUACACCCUGAGGAUCGAGCUGCUGGACUGGGAGGGCAACCGUGCCCACUCGCAGUAUGACAGGUUCCACCUCGGCAAUGAGAAGCAGAACUACAGGUUGUAUCUGAAAGGCCACACAGGCACUGCAGGGAAGCAGAGCAGCCUGGUCCUACAUGGCGCGGACUUCAGCACAAAGGACGCGGACCACGACAACUGCAUGUGCAAGUGCGCGCUCAUGCUGACGGGAGGCUGGUGGUUUGAUGCCUGCGGCCCCUCCAAUCUGAACGGGAUGUUCUACACUGCUGGGCAGAACCACGGGAAGCUGAACGGCAUCAAGUGGCACUACUUCAAGGGGCCCAGCUACUCCUUGCGCUCCACCACCAUGAUGAUUCGGCCUUUGGACUUCUGAAAGCACCGUGCGGGAAGUCGCAUCUACGCAUCGAGCCCGGAGGAGUUUCCAGCUGAGGGAUUGCACGAGAGCUUCAAAACCAGCAACACUGACUCCCUCCCAGUGGCAAGCGGGCAUUAUGGACACUGAGAAGGUUCUUGGCUAUGCACUGGGGCCCCUGGGCUACGACGUCUCUUCUUGGUCACUGUGUGUCACACCAUGUCCCUCACUAAGUGGCUUAAGAAGGGCAGAGGCUGCCUGGCUACACCUCACACUACUACUGGAUCACACUGCAAAAGUAUGGCAGCAGGUGAUGACCAGGCAGGUGGAGUGGAGACAGGCCUGCCACCGCCCUUCAGGAACGAUGUGGGACACCAGUGAAACAGUGUUGUCUCUCUGCACCCCGCUAACAGCUCGGCUAAUACUGUUGCACAGUUUUGAUGGAAGUUCAGAACAGCAUCAUCUGCGUUGUUAGAGAUUGGUGAUUUUAAAAGCCAGUUUCCUUUGGAGGUGAUUUCAGCUAAUCCAGCUUCAAGUGUAAAUUCUGUUUCAUAAGCCAUAAUAAACUGUAGUGUGUGAGGUGGGCAGUGUGUGGCAGAGACGCAUCGCAGCGUGAGGGCCUUUCCUAAGGCAGCUUUCAGAAAGAGAUGGAUGGGACCGCGUACAGACAGAACACGAGAAAAAUGGAAUUCCUGUCCCGUGCUACAAAUUCCAUUUACUUUGCAAACAGACUGACAUGCAGAUAUAUUUAUAGCCCGAAUAAAGUUUAAGAAUGUGAAAUAUAUCAAGUUCUUAAAAUGCUAGUCACAUGUUUAAUACUUCCUUUGCUACUCUAUAGGAAAGCAGUACUCGGUGUCUAUGAAGCUGAAGCAAACCCAAGGGAAUGGAGAGGGUGAUUUCUCAAUGUCCCCUGCAGUGACACAGAUGCGGGACUCCGUUCCCUAAGGUGUCACAUCUACCGUCCUUCACCUUGCUAGUCCAUGUGAAUUUAAGUUUUUUCUAGUUAACUGGAUUAGUUAUGCUUAUCAGGCCCACCUUGCUCCAGUUGCUAGGAAGGAUGCAUCCGGAGGCCUGCAAAGCCAGCACAGCACGGUGUGCAGCUUGCGGACCCCCGUGCUCCACUGCACGCGCCUCUGCUUAAGCCACAGCGCACCACGCGCUCCUCGGCCGUGCAGGGACGCGCAAGCGUUCAGUGCAGUCUCUCCUCCAUCGCUCGCCUAGACGCAGUGCUCUUCGUGUUCUCCUCCUUCAGCCUGCUUCUCUAGAGUCGAUUAUUUACAUUAACAUCAGUGAAGAAAAUUGGCACAAUUCUCAACCAUACAUAAAAGCAAUCACAGAAAUCAAAAUCAGGUAACAAAGAAAAUUCUAGCUGCCAGCUGCUAGAAUCCGUCUAAUGAGGAUUUUCCCGCAGGGCGAUCUAUUGUAAGUGAAUCUGGGGACGCAGCUUUCGUGGCACUUCUAAGUCACUGCCCCAUUUUAUGAAGCAGGUUCUGGGCAUGCCAGCCCGACAGCGCGGCCCCAGGCCGCAGUGACAAUUUUAAGAUCAAAAUGUGAGUUGCUGCAAAAUGAGAAAAUGGAAGUGAAUUAUCAGGCCUCCUACCUUAGGAAAGGAAAAGGUCCCUCCGAGGUGACAUCACCAAAGUGUGGGGCUUCGUGGCUUCGUCAUUCUUCAGGAGCUUUCCACCACUUGAGAAAAACAAGCUCUUUGCAUUUUUAAGAAAAAAGUUUUAAAGUUUACCAUCAAGUAUUUUUAUAUUUAUGUGUGCAUACAAUCUCUCGUUUGCCUCAGACAUGAUGCUUGCAGGCGUUACACAGUUUUCCUGUCUGUAGUGGUCUUGGAUAGCAGUGUGGAGAGUCUCUCCCUCUCCGAAAGACUUCUACCCUUCUUUGCUUAUUGUUAAGUGAAAGAAAUGAGCAUUUUGUUUGUGUCACCGCUUUUCCUUCCUUCAUUCC